AUGCUGUACCUCGUGGGGCUAGGUCUCUCUGACGAGACAGACAUCACAGUCAAGGGGCUGGAGGUGGUCAAGAAGGCCGCGAGGGUCUACCUCGAAGCCUACACGAGCAUCCUUCUGGUCGACCAGGCCAAAUUGGAAGAGUACUAUGGGCGCUCGAUAACGAUUGCCGACCGCGAGAUGGUCGAGUCCAACAGUGACGAGAUUUUGCGCGAUGCUGCUACCGUGGACGUCGCAUUCUGCGUCGUUGGCGAUCCCUUUGGAGCUACCACACAUACCGAUCUCGUCAUCCGCGCACGCGAACUCGGCAUUACCGUCGGCACCGUCCCCAACGCAUCGAUCAUGUCGGGCAUCGGCGCCUGCGGCCUCCAGCUGUACAAUUUCGGCCAGACCGUCUCCAUGGUCUUCUUCACAGACACCUGGAAACCAUCUUCGUUCUACGACCGGAUAAAGGAGAACCGGACCAUCGGCCUGCACACGUUGGUCCUGGUGGACAUAAAGGUGAAGGAGCAGAGCCUGGAGAACAUGGCCCGGGGCCGGCUGAUCUACGAGCCGCCCAGGUACAUGACAGUCGGCCAAUGUGCGCAGCAGAUGCUCGAGAUUGAAGAGGAGCGCAAGGAGGGCGUCUACAGCAAGGACAGCCUCGCCAUUGGGGCGGCGCGCGUAGGUGGGAAGACGGAAAAGUUCGUGGCCGGGACGUUGGAGGAGCUCUGUGCGCAGGAUGAGGCGUUGGGCCCCCCGUUGCAUAGCCUGGUUCUUCUCGGGCGGAGAACUCACGAGCUCGAGCAUGACUUUGUGCGGGAGUUUGCCGUCGACAAGGAGAAGUGGACUUCUCUGUGGAAGGCUGAGUAUGACAGACAAUGA